GUUGCUAUGGCGGCGGGCGGCCUCAGCGGCCUGGUGGCCGCGCUGGAGGCCUACCGAGGCCGGGACCGGGUGGUCCGUGCGCUCUGCUAUGGCUGUCAGCUGGCGGGCGGGGCGCUGGCCGGGCCGCGGACCCCACCAUCAGGGCUGCCCGGGAGCCUCUUGGCCGUGUCGGCUCAGCUGAACGCCGCCCGCACAACCCUGCGCCUUUUUGACGACUUAGCCAUGCUCAGCUACAGCUGCAGCUACGGGCUGGGCCCCAAGGACGAGGAUGGGCUGGUGCGGGGGCUGUCGGUGCUCAACAACGUGGCCGACCAGCUCUACUUCCCCUGCGAGCACGUCGCCUGGGCGGCUGACGCCGGCGUCCUCCGCGUUGGCUCUCAGAAAUGGUGGACUCUGAGCACAGCCCUGUGGGCCUCCUCCCUGCUCCUGGGCAUCCUGCGAUCCCUGAGAAUCUUGUUCCAGUUAAGACGAAAGCUGAGGCAGCACAAGGGGAGUGCCUCCUCGCCUCUGAGUCAAAAGGAGACGAAAGCCCGAGUGAAGGCUGAAGUUCUGAGCAUCCUCUCACGUCUGGCAGAUCUCUCCAACGCAAUCCACUGGCUGCCUCCAGGGUUUCUUUGGGCUGGACGUUUUCCUCCAUGGUUAGUAGGUCUUCUGGGGACCAUUUCUUCCCUGAUUAAUAUCUACCAGGCGUCUCGAAGAGGGAAUUCUGAAGCCGUAUAAACCAUAAUUAAGCUUCAGGAGCCCAAAUUUUUACACGGUAAAAAUGCCUUUAGUGAGGCAGGGUGUACGUACCCCUGGUGUUGAUGAUUGUGAUUCCACACGUCCUGUAAUUGGGACUGUAAGUCAAGAUGUUUAUCACAGAGAGGAUUGUUUGCGGUUAACGAUUUUGACCACUCUUCAUCAGAGAAAUCUUUCAGGCGAAUCCUCUGGAAAAAUCGAGAAAAUCUCCUAGGAUUGGUAAAAUAGAAGGGGGGAAAAAAAGUCACUUCCAUCCUUCCUUCCUUCCUGCCAAAAGACAAAUGCAACCCUCCAGUCUUCGCUGUCACUUAAAAGCGCACAAAGCCAGCGUUGGGCAGAGGAACGGCCGCGGUUCCGUCACACAAAAAGUCUACGGGAUGGAUCCUGCAAAUUCCAGCUCAGUGCCUCUUCUGACCCAGGAAAUCCUGGAGGUGUCUCCCUCAAGGUGUUUGGGUGUUUGAGCCCGGAGCAGAUGCCCCAAGCGCGGCUGAGAGGGAGGCUCCUUGGGUUAUUUUGGUUGUGAGGGUUGUUUUUCUCUAGAAAGAAGCAGCGGGUGCGAGCGGUGCCUCGCGGAGCUUUCUUCUGGUCUGUACCACUCAUUUUAGGAGAAAUACUGGAAAGCUGAAACUUCCCAGUAAAACCAGUAGCAGCGCUGAGCCUCCAGCUGUGCCUUUAUGGAAUGCCACCGGGUGGAGCUCUUCCACCAGGCUCUGGCAGAAGCCAACGGACUGAUCUUUUUUUUUUUUUAAAUAAAAAAAAAAAAGUAGCAAUUUUCUUAAUCACCUUUCAAAGGACCAUUAAAGUGACGCCAGGAUGAGUUUUACGGUUCUGUUUCUAGGCGGUGCCAAUAAUAAAGGAGACGAAUGCUUCAAA